AAAUAAGUGUAAUCAUAUUUUAUCGAUUAUAUUUUGUUUAAUUAAUGUACAAAUCAAUACUAUGUGUAUUUAUCAUAUUUUGGACUCAAAAGGUUAUGAAUAUCAUUUAACCACGAAAUAAUAGUCAUUCAACAUGUGUUUCAGAAUAGUGAUUUUUGUAUUAUUUUCGAUAUCUGCCAGCAUGGCCCAGGAACCGCAAGAAUAUCUCGAUUUCAUUUUGCCAUUGAUCAAAGAAGCCGGGAAGGAACUUCUCACAGCAGAUAAUUACCAAGUGGAACACAAGAAAGAAGUUUACGAUUUGGUUACGAUUUACGAUAGGAGAAUAGAAGACAUUUUGAUAAACAAAAUCAAGAAGAAAUAUCCGAACCACAAGUUCAUCGGAGAGGAAGAAUCCGAAAUAAACGGAAUAUCGAACCUGACAGACACCCCAACUUGGAUUAUCGAUCCGAUAGAUGGCACCUCGAAUUUCGUCAGACAAAUUCCCUUCGCCGCCAUUUCCGUAGGACUGGUGAUAAAUAAGGAACAAACAAUGGGAGUAGUUUAUAACCCGUUUUUAAAUGAAUGUUUCACUGCCAUUAAAGGAGAAGGGGCGUAUUUAAAUGGAAAUAAAAUCAAAACGAAUGGCCAAACUGAUAUCAACAAAACAUGUUUCACCUACGAGUUAUCGUUAGCAAGGAACGAGAAAUAUGGAGACAUGUAUAUGUACAGGCUCAAACAUUUAACAAGAGUGAUACCAGGAAUCAGAUCAUAUGGUUCAGCUACAAUAAGCUUAUGCUAUGUAGCCGCUGGGCGAAUAGAUGCUUACCAAUGUGACGGCCUUUAUCCAUGGGAUGCUGCUGCAGGAGUUCUUAUAGUGAGAGAAGCUGGAGGUUAUGUUUGCGAUUCCAAUGGAGGAGAAUUCAAUUUGAUGGAUCCGAAUUACUUAGCCACCUCCACAAAGAAACUUUCGGAUGAGAUUAUGGCAAUUGAAAGAAUUGCUGAUGAAGAAAGAAUUAGAGAUGCGAAAGCAAAAACCGAAGGAUAAUGAAGAAAAAACAUGAAAUUAGUAAUAUAAAUCCAAUGAUGUCUGUACUUAAUCAAUGUUACUAUGAUGAUAAGAACAAAUUUCCAAUAAUUUAUGGCUAAUCAUUACUCUCCAUCAACAUGGAAUAAG